AUGUACGGUUCUGAUACUAAUGUAAGUAAAAUGACAGAUAAACAUGUAAUUUUAUCUGAAUGGGUUAACCCUAGAAAGAAACGUGUAUAUGAAUUGGAGGGCGAAUUAUUCACCGGACAGAUAUCCGCGGUACAAAAACCGGCCUGUUGCACGGAGAACAUGCUAAGCUCACUAAAAGAAACGAUGGAUUCAUUACGUGAGGAAAUGAAGAUCAUGAUGCAUACUCUUAAAGAAAUGAAAGACCAACAGGAAACACGUUUCGGGAAUUUUGAAAAAGAUAUGUCAGAUAUAAAAAUUACAAUAUGCCAGUUGCAGAAAACUAAUGAAGUCGUUGACGACUCAUUGGAUUAUCUCGGCAAAAAAUGUUCAAAACUGGAGAACGCCAUCGAGGAGGCGAACAACGUCAUCAAAAUACAGGAAAAUAAAAUAAAAGAUCUAUCGCCCAAAAAAAUGUUUACCUGGAAAAAUAUAAUAAGGCUUUAG